AUGCGUCUCACGGUCUUCUUUGGCUUUGGCAUCCCCUUCCUCAUGCAAGGACAUGGAAAGACUCGCUUGCGACUGCAACCGUUGCUUACGAUGCUCAUCUUCUGGCUCACGCUUCAAAGUAUCCUUCUCGUCAUUAUCGGAAUGUGGCUGCAGCUGGGACUGGCAAUUGCACUGCUUAUUGCCGUGAUAGUCCUGGCCUGGCCCAUUCUCCGUUCUACAGAGUGGAUUUGGGACUUCGGACGCGGAGCUUACCGACACCUCCGAGAUUCGAAAACAGCGAUUCCUGUGAAGAUCUACACCGUGAUCUUCUCCCUCUUUCCCUUCGGCCUCAUCAUGCCCAUCUUCGGGCCCUGGGAGCGAGUGCAGCUCUGGGUGCGAUGGAGGCCAUACAAUAUCGAGGCCGAGCUUCUUUGGCGUGGGACAUUCGCCACCUUCUUCCUGUCCUUCUUUUUUACGGCUGCCAACCCGAAGGUGAACAACGCGAUCGUGGCAUUUUUCGCCGCGCAUGGCAUCUGCCACAGCAUCUCCAUGUUCUUUGACAACCGAAUCACGCCGACCUACGGCAAUGAGAAUGUGGAGCAUCUGCUGGAGAUUUCACUCUUCAUGGUCCUCGGCUUGGGUCAUUGCCUCAUAGGGAGGUAUGUUUGGUUCUGA